GACCGAGAGUCAGUGUAAACAUUGGCCAAAAUGGGGAAAGAGCUGACGCUCGCCCUCGCAGUGUUUCAAGGAAGAGGAUGGAGACCCAGGAAUAGCUACACAACCAUUGUCACAGCAAAACUUGGGACCCAUGUCGUAACUACAGAUCCUGUAGCCCUGACAUCAGACCCACAGUUCUACACAGAACUUUCCUGGGAGCUGGAAUCCCACAUUAUUCGAAGAUAUAAGGUGGAUCACGUUCCUAUUAGAGUAGAAUGCCACUCCAUCAACAAGCGUGGCAAACAGCAAUGCCUUGGCUACAUCAUCAUGCCUCUUGCUACAGCUGUCUUGGGGGUUGAGAGUGAUCCAAAUUGGUACAAGCUGCUUGGAGGACCAAGUGUUCCACACAAGAAACCACCGAGCAUCUGCCUCGCCCUCCGCUUGAGAAACACCAAGAAUGAAGAAGCUGGUGGACUGAGCUCUCAGGAUCUUGGCAAGAAUGUAAGAAGACAGAUCAGGGAGCGCCCCACUGGCAGGUCCCUAGAUGCAUACAGGGAGAACUUGCCCAGGCGGUCACACAGGAGGUUCUCUGAGCAAGGCCACUCCAGGCAAAGUAAGAAUGACCUCGAGGAGGAAUAUGAACACGAGGACCUUGUUUCACAUCCAGGCUUUGACUUAAGAAAUGGCUCAGAGGAAGACCAAGGCUUCCUGUCCAGCAGAAAGGGUGUCUCACCCAGGAUGCCUGCUAGCAAGUCCCCUGGUUGGGCUCAGGCAGUUUCACACUCUCCAAGAACAGACACUUAUCUGCAUAGUGCAGAAGUUAAUCCCAGAAGGGCAGUCCAACACAGAGCACACAUGCAGAAUCAUGACUUAAGGAAUGAAAGAGACUACCAAACAGAGAGAAAUGAAUGGGAAGGGAUAAAAAUAAAGCAGGAGCAGGAGAAUGGCACAGAAAUGGAGGUUGAUGAGGACUAUGGGGACUUUAAGAUCUUUGAAGAGAGCAUGAGAGAAGCAUACCACAGAAACAGCCAUGGUGGCACAUCCCAGGGUUCCAGACCCCUGAGCAAUGCAGACCAAAAACACAGCUCUCUAGAUGAGAUUGUUAACAAGUUUGUGAAUGGCAGGCAGAUGUUAAAGAAUGCAGUGGAUAGUUCCUUUGGAGAAGCUACUGCCAGCAGCAGCAAAUUACCAAUGGGAGCAGAGAGGUCAAGCAAGCUUCAGCCAGAACUCAUUGAACAUGAAGGCUUCUUCCAGAUUGGACAUCGGAACAGCCCUAAUGAAGAGAGCUACGUUCUUUCUAUUACAAUUGUCUUUGCCAAAAACUUAGAACAGCUUAUGCCAAAUAAAAUGCAAGCAACCAGUAUUCCUGCAUGCUUCAGCUACUUUCUGCUGGGCUACCCAAUCAAGACAGAUCCCAUCAAGGAUCUAAAGCAGCCAAACUUCCUGGCUGAGCGAGCAGCAGGGAAGAUCCGGGCCACACCUGCCAACCUUUCUGCAUACUUCACCCAGAACCCACAGCUGCAGAUCCACCUCCUCAUUGGUGACUUGUGUCUGGCAAGCACCUCUGUCAACUUAUCUGCUUUUGAGGGUGCUGGGGAAGCUCAUCCCAGAGUCACCCCUAAUAGUUGAAGGUGGCUAUUCACUGGUUCCUGU